GGGGCUGUGGGGGGCACCGGGAGCCCUCAGGCCCGGCCCGGCCCCGCCCCGGGCGGAAGGCGGCGGAGCGCUGCCGGGGGAGGGCCGGGGCCGCGGCCAGGAAAUGAGGCCGGGAUCCGGGGCGGCGGGAGGAAGGUACCGGCGCUGCCCGCCCCGGCCCGCCGGCCGCCCCGCUUCCCGGCCGGGGGAGGGCCCGGCCCCCGCCCGCUUCGGCCGCCUCCGAGCCGCUGAGGAGCCGCAGUGUCACCGAGAGGCGCAUUAUCCCCCGCGGGUGUCAGGGGGGAGCCGCGGGGCCCCCAGCGCCAGGAACCGGCCAUAAUCUGCUGCGCAGCCCGGCUGGGCACCCACACACCCACCGGCGGCUACUGAUAAACCCCCGUCAUCUCCUCCGAUAAACCCUCCUCAUCUCCUCCGCUUCACCACCCUGAAAGAGAUCUGUGUGUCGAGGUCCUUUGGCAUCACUGCUGCCCGGGAGCCCUGGAAGCCCCCGCACCCCCUUUCCUCCCGGUGUCACCCCUGGCUGCAGCUGAGCUGUUGGGAGGAUGGAGCUCAGCGCUGUCGUAGCCACGGUGGAGAGCGGGGAGCAGGACACGGUCCUCAAGGUGCUUCAGAUCUACAACGCGGAGAAAUCUCAGUGCUUCACCUUUGAUGAUGAGGAGCAGGAGGAGAGGAAGAAAAUGGCUCAGCUGCUGAUCAAGUUCCUGGAACGAGAGCUGCAGCCGUCCUGCCAGGUGACCUGCUUGGAAAGCAUCCGCAUCCUGUCCCGUGACAAGCACUGCCUGGGCCCCUUCACCACCAAGGAUGGCCUGAAGACCCUCUCCAGGCAUGCUGGCAUCGACUACUCGGAGGAGCUCAUCCGGGAGGUACCAGACUUGGAUGUCAUCCUGGAAUCCCUCAAAUGUCUCUGCAACAUCGUCUUCAGCAGCCCCAGGGCGCAGGAGCUGAUGGCCGAAGCCCGGCUGGUGGUGGGCCUGGCCAAGCGCAUCAAACUGUACAACGAGAGGAGUCUUCCUCACGAGGUGAAGUUCUUUGACCUGCGCCUGCUGUUCCUGCUGACAGCACUGAGGGUGGACAUCCGCCAGCAGCUGGCCCAGGAGCUCCGGGGCAUCAGCCUGAUGACAGACACCCUGGAGCUGACCCUCGGUGUGAAGUGGAUGGACCCCUAUGAAGUUGCCACCGAGGAGGGACUUCUCCCACCUUUGCCUCGGCAGGAGACGGAGCGAGCCAUGGAGAUCCUGAAAGUGCUCUUCAACAUCACCUUUGAUUCCAGCAAGAGGGAGGUGGAUGAGGAAGAUGCUGCUCAGUACCGGCACCUGGGUGCCCUCCUGCGCCACUGCCUCAUGAUCUCUGCAGAUGGAGAGGACCGCACAGAGGAGUUCCACAGCCAUACAGUUAACCUUCUGGGCAACCUGCCCCUGAAAUGUCUGGAUGUCCUCCUCACCCCGAAAGUCCGGCCGGGCUCGCUGGAGUACAUGGGUGUCAACAUGGACGCAGUCAGCAUCCUGCUGGACUUCCUGGAGCGGCGCCUGGACAGGGGCCACAAGCUGAAGGAGAGUCUGACGCCGGUGCUGAACCUGCUGACGGAGAGCGCCCGAGUCCACCGCCAGACCAGGAAGUUCCUGAAGGCCAAGGUGCUGCCUCCGCUGCGGGACGUGAGGACCCGCCCGGAGGUGGGGAACUCUCUGCGGAACAAGCUGGUGCGUUUGAUGACCCACAUCGACACCGACGUGAAGCACUGCGCCGCAGAGUUCCUCUUCGUGCUCUGCAAGGAGAGCGUGUCACGGUUUGUGAAGUACACGGGCUACGGGAACGCCGCUGGGCUCCUGGCAGCACGAGGCCUCAUGGCUGGUGGUCGGGAAGAGGGAGAGUACUCGGAAGAUGAAGACACAGACACUGAGGAGUACAAAGAGGCGAAGGCCAACAUUAACCCUGUGACGGGGCGUGUCGAGGAGAAACUGCCCAACCCCAUGGAAGGGAUGACUGAAGAGCAGAAGGAGUACGAAGCCAUGAAGUUAGUCAACAUGUUUGACAAGUUGUCCAGGGAGCAGGUCAUCCAGCCCAUGGGCAUCACGCCGAGCGGCAGCCUGGCCCCCAUGGAGAACGCCAUCCGCGAGGCGGCCGACGAGAGGUCGUCCUCCGACUCGGACCUGGGGCUGGACUGAUGGAGGCCUGGCCCCAGCCUCAGACAGCUGGGGAGCCCCUCCGUGCCACCCCCUGGAACCAGGGCUGUGCCCAGAGGCCGGUGCUGGGCCAGGGCUCUCCCCGGGGGACCUGGAUCCAGCCCGACCCCUCACAGCAAAUUCACAACAAGGAACCGCUCCCACCUCCUUCCCAGCUCCAUGACCACCGCUCCUCCCCGAGGGUCUUCAUGGCCCAGCAUGGUCCCUCCUCUCAGCAGCCUUGAGGAUUUCAUGCUCCAAAUCGCUUCCAGGACUUUCCAGUAGGACCUUUUUUUUUUAAAAAAAAACAAAACAAAACCACCAAAAAACGUGAUGUUUGGGCAAAAAGGGUGGGGGGAGGAUCUGUCUGUCACCAUUGGGGCUCAGCAUCCUGCAGAGCGUCUCGUGUUUGUGCCGACGGUUGUGUGGCCACUUGCUGUGUGCGUGGCUACAUGUGGCCAUGCGUGGCUAUACGUGGCCAUCCCUGCGUGGGGGGAGCUGCCCCCGCGGCUCUUCAGGCAGUUUUUGGGGAGCAGAGUCUGUGGGGGGCCUUGGUGCAGCCGCUUCCUCAGCAGGGAGCUGAGCGUGUGUUUGCUGCGUGUGGCUGUGUGUGAUGGUGCCCGUGCACACCCGGGGGUGUUGGUGAGUGCAGAGCGGUGUGUGCACCUCACGGGGGGGGCGAGGGAAGCCCCCUGUGAGGCUGCCAGCCCCCCCGUUGGCCGCAGUGACUGCCAGGAGCGCUCUGGGACUCGGGCUCUGGCACCACACGAUGCCCCCGGCACCACGGGGUUGAGUUCUUGGCAUCGGCCUUUCCCCAUCUUGCGCUUUCCAAACAAAAGGCCAAAGUCUGGGCUCUUCCUGCUGCCUCCGUGGCCACCUCGGCUUCCCCAGGGGCCUGCUGCUGGCCACCACCAGGGGCUGGGCCUGUCCUUCCCUGCCGCUUACAUUUGUUGUCUUUUUUUUUUCCUGUUUUUUUCUUUUUAAAGAGAAUUGUUUUAAAGAAAAUAUUCCAGUUUGUCUCAUGUACCAGCGCUCCAAAACUCACUAUCACAAGUAGGAAUGCAGAAGUGAUGCUAGAAUAAAGAAAACCUGACAAAUGGG